AUGGCGAGCACACUACAGGCAAACGGCCACGAAAAUGCAUACAUAUUCCCAGCGCACAGGAUAGUGCACAGAAUGCGUGACGAGUCCAAGACGCCCGUCGUUCUCGUCGCCUGUGGCUCCUUCUCGCCCGUGACCUAUCUCCACUUGCGCAUGUUUGAAAUGGCGCGCGACUAUAUCAAGCAACAGACGCAGUUUGAAGUCGUCGGUGGCUAUCUCUCCCCCGUCAAUGACCAGUACAAGAAGCCAGGCCUGCUCUCCGCCACUCACAGAGUCAACAUGUGCACGCUCGCAACCGAGCUCACGAGCAACUGGCUCAUGCCAACAGCCGUCGUGCUAGAUCAUUUCGACCACGAAGUAAACGAGGUUCUUGGAGGAAUCGAAACAAGAUCAGGCGAGCGCAAACGAGCGAGAAUCAUGCUCCUCGCUGGCUCUGAUCUCAUCAACACCAUGUCCGAACCUGGGGUAUGGUCUCCGACAGAUCUGGAUCGCAUCCUGGGUCGAUACGGAACCUUUAUCAUCGAGCGAGCGGGCUCUGACGUCGACCAGGCCAUGGAGUCGCUCGCUCCUUGGCGAGAUAACAUCUUUUUGGUUCGCCAGACGAUCCAAAACGACGUGUCCUCGACCAAAGUACGCUUGUUCCUGAAGCGCGGGAUGAGCGUCCGAUACCUGCUCCCCAACCCGGUCGUCGACUAUAUCGAGGCAAAUGGUCUUUAUCUGGACGAUGGACCCAACGCUGGUGCUGCUGGUCCGACGUACGUGACCACGUCUGCUUCCUCUCAAGAACAAGAAGCCUCAGGUUCGCUGAGCCAAAUGGCGAGCUAG